UUCAAUUCACAUCUUCGUCAAUAUUCGUAAACAACAAAGGACAGAUAGGAUGGUGGUCUGCGCCAAAUACAAAACCAAGGGACUCGUUUGUGGGGCGGAAUUUCCUACAAAAGAGGAACUUGACCAACAUGAUAUCAACCAACAUCAAUAUGUGUAUUGUCAGUUUAAAUACUGCAAAUUUAUGUUAAGAGGACGCACCACAAAGACACGCCAACGGAUGGACAGGCAUGAGCGCAAUCAUGCUGAGAAGAGGAAACACUUUCCAAAUGGACAUAAAGAUAUCCAAUCACCUUUAGUUACUCUAAAACAACUGCCAAAACCAUUGAUGGCUAUAACCGUUCCACCCCAAAUCUCUGCCUCCACAACAUCAGUGUCCAAGAAUUUCACCUCUGUGUCCCCUUGGACAAAGAGCACUCUGCCCAUUACUUGUCCUGAUAAGAUCUUGGACUCUGAUCAAGAAACAGAGAUUUAUGAACAUGACCAGAUGAGUUUAGGUGAACUCCGAGGAAGGAUUACGGCCAUCCGAGCCAAAAGUUCAACAACGUACAAGCGGAAAUUGAGGGAGAUAUCAUCGUCUGACUCAGACACUGGCUCUGACUCUGAUACUGAGAAGAAAGGGGAGCAGGUGGAGUCACCCAACGCUUCACCUGUGCGAUCCCCUAGCUCAGACACAGAAUCAUGUAAAUUGGACAAUGAAUCGUCAACACCUGCCACAGAACAGCCAUCGGGAGUACUCUCAGUAACUGAAAGUGUCCAGGACCAUAUGCCACCAUCAUCUCCAGAAGUAUUGAGACCUGAAUCUCCAAAUAUGGACAUUAUAAUACAAUCUAAACCACUGGAUUUGUCUAUGAAACGACCAACACCACAGAAGAAAACCAAAGUCAGUUAUAAACAACCGUGUCAAUGUGGAAAAUCUAUUCAAUACAUAACUAUUAACAUUGGCAAGUAACUGUAUUGUGUAUUUGAGCCCCUGCUUCUUCCAAGAAUACCAUAGGGGCCAUGUGUUUUAUUUAUUGACAUUUCUGAACCAUCUAGAAAACAGUCCAAUUUAUAUAUUCAAGUGUUAAACGCAGAUGUCAGACGGGAGCAGCUGGACACAGCGAUGUCCCCAACUAUAGUGUUAAUAAAUCAGCACUUUUGCUGAUGGACAUUUUUUAUAUACGUCAUUUUACGAUAAGUUUGUGCUCAUUUUAUAAUCAUCAUUCCUGUUCGAGGGCGAACAUUUUUUCAAAAGGGGGGAUAGUGUGACGACCGUCUAGCAAUAGUUCUAGAUAGUGUCAUUUUGUUCUUAGUACGCUAGACGGUGUCACAUUGUCUUACCUUGC